UUGCAGGCGUGACUGCAGACCUGUAGCAAGCUACCCUGGCCCGACCCAGCUGCAGGAAUAAGGAAAGAGUAAGAUUUUGUCUUAGAAAAAAAAAUGAUAGAAAUUAAGGCAUGACAAUGAACUUUAAAAGGUAUUUCAUUAGAGUGCUGCACCGUCUCCAGAAGGGGCCGGGAUACACAUACAAAGAGCUGCUGGUCUGGUACUGCGAUAACACCAACACGCAUGGGCCCAAGCGCAUCAUCCGAGAGGGGCCAAAGAAAAAAGUCAUCUGGUUUUUCCUGACUCUGCUCUUCGCAUCUCUCGUCUUCUGGCAAUGGGGGAUCCUCAUUGACACAUACCUCUCCUACAGUGUCAGUUCAUCUCUGUCUAUAGGGUUUAAGACCAUGAAGUUCCCAGCAGUCACGGUCUGCAAUGCCAGCCCCUACAAAUACUCCAAGGUCAGGCAUCUAUUGAAAGAGUUGGAUGAGCUCACUGAGGCAGCCCUGGAAAGGAUCCUGCAGUCCAAGCACGGGGCCACAAUCUCAGCUCCCCCACUAAACUCCAGCGAGACUGUUUCUCAGCAGUUAGACCUGAAGCUCUGGAACCAAAUCCCCUUGGUUCUGAUUGAUGAGAGUGACCCAGACCAUCCCGUCAUUAUCGAUCUCUUUGAGACCGACCAAAGCGGUUCAGGAACCCGACCCAACAAUUCCUCUCCCGCCCUGUCCAACGUGACAUCAGAAGUGAAGAAACACAAAGUGGCAGUGAAGCUGUGCCACCACAAGGACAUCCCCCAGUGCAUGUACUGGAACUUCACCAGCGCAGCCCAAGCGGUGACAGAAUGGUACAUUCUACAGUCCACUAGCAUCCUCUCUAAAGUCCCGCUGCAAGAGAGGAUCAGGAUGGGCUACCAGCCAGAGGACAUGAUCCUAGCAUGUCUGUACGGGGCAGAGCCCUGCAGCUACAGAAAUUUCACCCAGAUCUACCAUCCUGACCAUGGCAACUGCUACAUCUUUAACUGGGGAAUGGAUGAGGAAGCCCUGAUUUCUUCCAACCCGGGAGCAGAGUUUGGGCUGAAGUUAAUUCUGGACAUCAGCCAACAAGACUACAUUCCCUACCUCACAUCUACUGCUGGGGCCAGGCUUAUGCUGCAUGAGCAGAAGAGUUUCCCGUUUCUUAAAGACCAGGGCAUCUAUGCCAUGUCUGGGACAGAAACCUCUAUCGGCGUAUUAGUGGAUGAACUUGAGCGGAUGGGUUAUCCCUACAGCGACUGCACGAUGAAUGGGUCAGAUGUCCCCGUAAAAAAUCUUUAUAACGAAUAUAACACCUCCUACUCCAUACAGGCUUGUCUGCGCUCCUGUUUCCAAGCUCAGAUGUUUGAAAAUUGUGGGUGUGGGCACUAUCUGUUCCCUUUACCUGAAGGGGUAAAUUAUUGCAACAAUGAAGAUGAUCCAGACUGGGCAUAUUGCUAUUCUUCACUGAGAUCAAGUAUAAGACACAGGCAGUUUUGUAUUGACUCUUGUAAGGAAACAUGCAAUGACACUCAGUACAAGAUGACCAUAUCGAUGGCAGACUGGCCCUCUGAAGCUUCCGAGGACUGGAUUUUCCAUAUUUUGUCCUAUGAAAGAGAUCUGUCAACAAAUGUGACUCUGGACAGAAAUGGGAUCAUCAAGCUAAAUAUUUACUUCCAAGAGUAUAACUACAGAACCAUCUCGGAAUCUGCGGCUACAACCAUUGUGUGGCUCCUGUCAAACUUGGGAGGCCAGUUUGGGUUCUGGAUGGGGGGCUCGGUGCUGUGCCUCAUUGAAUUUGGAGAAAUCAUCAUUGACUUUCUGUGGAUCACCAUAAUUAACAUCAUCAGCUGGUGCAAAGGCCUGAAGCAGAAACGAGCCCGGGCCCAGUACCCAGACACACCUCCGACAGUGUCAGAGCUGGUGGAGGCUCACACCAAUCUUGGGUUCCAACAUGAGGACACCAACAUCACCCCCUGUGAUGAAGUUCCUCCCCCUGGAGCACUCCCACCCGAGCCAGGCACCCCACCACCCAACUACGACUCCCUGCGGGUAGACCCACGGGCUGGCAUUGACUCGGACAGCGAUGCAGAGGCCAGUUAAGAAGCACAGAAUAUUGCACUGCACUUGGCCACCUGACCCUUGUAAUUGACUCGGCACUGUGCUUUGUUCGUUAGGAGAGCGGCAGGGGCUAAAAAGGCCACAAAGCUCAUUUAAAAGAAAUUCCACCGAUAAAGCAUGGGGGGGGGGGGCAGGCAUUGACUUUACUGUAUAACGUGUGCGUAAUUCAAUACUGCAAUCUAUUCCAGUCUAAGACAUACUACGGAUUUUUUUCAGCAAGUUCCUCCCCCACGCACACUUGUAUCUAGAAAGUGCUUCUUUGCAUGCUGUUUCUGUGAUCAGUAGCUUCUCAUGGAAUGACGGUGAUAAACGAAUCGUACUACUAGGUAUACAAGUACGAUACCAGAAUAAAAGGCUGUUGCAAUGACAA